AUGGCGUUGCUGGAAGGGCCGGUCCUGUAUGUGGUUGGGCUCGUCGGCGCCAUUCUGAGUUACCGCCUCCUAUUCUACACUCCGACAUUGAGACGGCACGGCGUUCCUCUCAAGAAGCCGCCAAAUACCCUGCCCAUUGCUGGAAAUGGCAUCGUCUUUCUCCAGGCACGCCAGAAGCUCUUUGCCUGGUUUACAAAGUGCGAACGCCAAUUCGGCUACGAGACAUUUCAAAUCUCCGUACCUACACUCCCCCCCGGAGUAGUCAUCAAUGACCCCAAGAAUCUGGAAUUCGUGUACAAGCACGAAGGCACCUUUACCAAGGGAACCUUUUUCAAGAGGCUCUCGUGGGAUCUCUUUGGCGGGGGCAUCAUCAAUUCGGAUGGGGAUCUAUGGAGAGUGCAGAGAAAAGCGGGCUUGGCCUUUUUGAACGUACAGAACCUGCAGGUCUUGACCGAUGUCGCUCUCCCCAAGUACCUCAACCAGAGCCUCGACUUGCUCAACAAGCACGGUAAUGAUGGAACAUCUGUGGAUCUGCAGACCGUCUUUCACGAGAUUACAAGCCAGCUGAUGGGCAAGAUGGCAUACAACAUGGAGAUGCAUGCCGACGACGAAUUCACCAUGGCCUUUGAGCACGCUUCGGGGGAGACGACGGCAAGGUUUCAGAACCCGCUGUGGUUCGUCACCGAGAUAUUCACGGGCUUCAAGUUCCGAAAGUCCUUGGCCAUUGUCGCCUCGUACGGAGAAAAGAUUGUGCAAAGCGCCGUCAGAGAUCGUCACUCUAGCAAGCAAGGCGACGGCACCAAACUCGACGAGAUUUCGGGUUCGCUUAUUCAGUCGCUCCUUGACUCUAUUGAUAACGAAAAGAUUGUCGCAGAUUCAGCGCUGAAUUAUCUAUCCGCGGGCCGAGACACUGUCGCCCAGGCGUUGACGUGGACUUUUAUGCUACUCAUGGAAAACCGCUUUGCUACGGCAAAGGUCCGGAAAGAGAUGCAAGAGCUGCUUUCGCGAGAGAAUCUGUCCGAUACCUCUUUUACUUUUCGAGAGCUUGAUCCGACCAUUUUCACCCCAAACUCUCUCCCAUACGCCAUGGCCGUAUUCUACGAGGCAUUGCGACUUUAUCCGCCGAUCCCAUUCGAGAUAAGGCAAGCUGAAAAGGACAUAAGCUUGCCAGAUGGGACAUUUCUUCCAAAGAGCUCUAUUGUAUUAUGGUGUACAUGGGCAAUGAACAGGUCCAAGAUUUCCUGGGGAGAAGAUGCCGACUCCUUCCGACCGGACCGCUGGCUCGUCGACGGCAGGUUUGUAUCCAAGAGCGCGUCCGAGUUUCCCGUCUUUAAUGGUGGUGCUCGGACGUGUCUGGGCAAGAAGAUGGCCGAGGUCAUGGCUGUGCAGAUUAUUGCGGCCAUAAUGCUGACGUUUGACUUUAUGCCUGCGUAUGGCACCAAGCGGGUGAGCAAGACGAGUCUUACCCUGCCCAUGGAGGGUGGACUUCCUUGUUACGUACGAGCGAGGCACUAUAAACCGGAAAUGUAG